AGAAAUAACAGAGUGAGUUCGAAUUUUCUCUUCAUUCAUCGUUCUGCAACAACAAAGACCUCUCUCUAUCUCUGCCUGUCUUCCUCCUUCCCUCUUUCUCUCUCUCCCUCUCCUCGCAACCACACACGGAGACGGAUUUUAUUAAUCAGUUCCAUAGAAAUUGAUUAGGAGACAGAAAAUUGGUUAGCGGCAUAUGUUCUUCGUGGUAGGGACGUUGAAGAUGCAGAUUUUGGAAGAAUGUCAAUUGUUGAACUGCCGGUGUAAUUUAGGAUGUUGAAACUUGAUUCUGUUCGCUGAAUUGCCGAAGCAGGAACAUUAUCGGGAGAUUUGAGAUCAGUUAACUGGAUAUAGAGAUCUGAAGUGAUCUCGGAAAUCUCUGAUGAAGCUUCGAUUUGUCAUAAAUUUACCUUGAAAGUGCCGUCUCUAAAGCUUCUGAAAGUUGCAUCGACGGAGUUUUGAACUCUACGAAUUUUGUUCGCCCAAGGAUAAUCUGCGCGUUUGAGAGAGAAAUGAGACCGUAACAGAUUGACGCCUCUGUUCCAGUAGUUAAUCUCGUUUCAGGAGCUGAAAAGUAGAUCAAAUUCUCUCUACAGAAGAACAAACAGAUAGAUAAUUCCCAGGUGGGUGGGUGGUGUAUAAAGGCAGAGAGCAAGUAAAUGGAGAGAAAGAAUUCCUAUUCUUCCAAUUCCAAUAAGGACGGAUUUCUACCGAAAUCUGAGCCCCGGUCAAUCUCCACAACGUCGUCUGAAUUCGUCCUGCAGUGGGGGAACCGGAAGAAGUUGCGCUGCAUGAAGGUCGCGGGUGCGGCGGGCAAGGACAAAGCCAGCAACAAUGAACCGAACCGUUCGCGUUCGACGGCCCGUGUAGACCGGCGGGCUGUGGUUUUGGGGUCAAAUCAUAAUAACAAUAACACCAAGGAUUCAAUCCCAAAUCAGAAAAGUAACAGCCAUUCUUUGAAGUCGAUCGGCGGUGGGAUUGGGUAUCUGAAUCUCCGCCAGCGCCCGGUUUCCCCAUCCCGUCGGAUUUUGAGGAUUCAUAGCACACCUAAGUUAAGAUUGGGACACGCAAACUCACUGAUGAAUGCAUCUAGGAUGUCAAUCCGACGGUCCAAACUCUGCCACUUGUACCUUCAUUCUGCACACAUUAGGAAUACAGAGAAUUCAAUUGGUAUGAGAGGGCAGAACAAUGGGGUGAGGGGGUUAGCCUCCCAAGAUAGAGGAGAUAGAAAGGGCACAGGCGCAAAUACUGCCACCACAAAAAACACCAACGGAAAGAACAGUAACAAUCAUCAUAAUGAGAACCACCACAACAGCGGCGGUUCUGGCUCGUCGGAGACUGCCCAUGACUGCAGAAAAGGAGGAUCCUCAUCGGACACAAUCGUUUGGCCACCAAAAUUCGUGAUCGCCUUAACAAAUAAGGAGAAAGAAGAGGAUUUCAUGGCAAUCAAAGGGUCAAAGCUUCCUCAAAGACCCAAAAAGAGAGCAAAGUUCAUCCAACGCACCCUCAAUUUGGUGAGCCCUGGUGCAUGGUUGUGCGACCUAACUCUCGACCGCUAUGAGGUUAGAGAAAAGAAAGUUUCCAAGAAGAGACCAAGAGGGUUGAAAGCAAUGGGAAACAUGGAAUCAGACUCAGAGUGAGGAAGCAACAGCAGGUGGUGUAUGAAAUUUCUCUUCUCCUUUUCUUUUAUUUUUUGGAUGAAUAAUGAAUGAGAGACAUAGAGAGAGAGAGAGAGAGAGAGAGUCUGUUUGUACACCUCUGAGGCACAGAAAAGAUGAGUGAGAGUGAUAAGUUGAAUUAGGUGCAUGCAUGCAUAUCCUUCUUCUUCACUUCUCGGAUGGAUUGGAUCAUAUCUAUAUGUCUUUGGUCAGUUGUCUUCUCAUACACAGCUUAGACCCUUACGAACAGCUUCUGUUAAAAUGUAAAGUUCAAAUCAAAUUUAUCUAUAUUAUGGUUUUUUAUUUGACCA